AUGGAUAAUUCAAUAUCAAGUUUUGUUUUAUCUAAUUCUAUUUGCACUUAAGUAGAAUAGCCUUUCACAAAAAUAAAACAAACGUCUGAAUUAGAUUAGUUAAAAGGAGAUAAUGAUUCAAUAAUUGCAGGAUCAUUUGCAAAAAACUCUUCUUAUUUGCACAAAGAGAGCUUAAAUAAUUGUUUGGUCAAUAUGUCUACACUUUAAUAAUAAUGUAGUCUUACUAAAAUAGUUCAAAGUGAAAGAAUUAUAGAAUAAGGGAUUCAAAUAAGCAGCUUAGCAGAUCAUAUAAUUUAGUAAAAAGAGAUGAAAUAAUUUGAUAAUAACAUAUUAGAGAAUUAAUCAGCUGCUGAAGAUGAUGAGUUUGAAAUUCAGGAAGACAAGUACGAUUAGACAUUUUGA